AAGAAAGAGGGAAGACUGGCGGAGAUAAGAAAACGGAAGUGGGAGAAAGGGAAGAAAGUAGGCAGCGGGAAGGGGAAGGGGAGAGGGAAGAGAGGAGGAGGAGGCCGGUCUCGUAGAGGGGCAUCGUCCACGGAUUUUCCGGUAAUCGGGGAUAUCGUCGAACUUUGGGGGGCUGCGAAGGUCGCUGAUGUCCGCUACGAGCCCUGCCCCUACCCCUGCCACCAGCUCACCAACGGGACAACAACGGAGGAGGAGGAGGAGGAGGAGCGGAGAAGGAAGAGGAUCGGACGCCGCGCCGCGACCGACGCCGAGGAAAGUCGCGUCACCACACCUUGCCUUAUCCUUUGAUCCGGGAAGAAAGAAUAUCUUUCACCAGCCUCGCCGACCACCACCACCACCACCAAACGUUCUCUCCAUCCAUACUUCGCUAUUACUGCUGCUGUAUCACCGAUCAGCUCGACCACCCCUCUGAAUGUCUUCGCACAUCCAAAAGUCGUGCGUGGGGCUUGAAGCGACACUGAGUGACAGCAAAAAGAAGUACGGCGACAAGGUGAAUGCACUUCUGUCCGCCUGGGAGCAUGUCACCAAUUUCAUUCCUGGGGCAACGCCAGAGGCCACCCAGUCUCUCAUAGAAUGGGCUCACAAGCACACGUUGAAAUUGGUACUGCGCGGGGAGUGGCCCAAGUUGUCACCCGCGACGAAGACCCACCUCAGUGUAACGUUGCAGAGGUGCGCGUCCCACCUGGUGCAACACCCCGCUGCACCCUGGUGCACUGCCCUGAUAGCUCUGGUGCACAAUCCAUGGACUCAUCCAGCUCUCGACAGCAUACUUAACGGCCAACCGGAUUCCGAACAUGAGGAGGAAUUCUGCUGUUCGGAGAAAGGUGAACUGCUUACAAUGAGGCUGAAAAUACUUUGCGAGGACCGCUGCGAGGACAUAGCGGUUAACCUCGCCGCCGCCUGCGUACGUUCUCUCCGGCGAAGCGAUCGGUUGCGCUCCCUGUCCGAUUCACAUCACGUUCAUUACAUGAUCGACGUUUACAUUGUCCUCUUGUAUAAAUUGAAACGCACGCAAGAUAUAUUCGCUCAAUUAAAAUUAAUGGAUCUAAGCGACGGAUUGGAAUUGGUCCAACGGCUCAGCGGCGAAAGACCUACCAAGUACGGAACCGCACGCGUUUGGAGAAAUUCUAUAAAAGCUGCCGAAUUGGUUGCACAAUAUCUCGUUACAGCCGGUAUGGUGAGGCCCGUGCCGGAAACGGGCGCCAACAUUUUGGAACAGAUUCUAAACUCUUGGGCAUUAUUGCAUUCGAAAUUGAAGGACGUUGAGCCCACGUUACCCGGGAUGAUAAGGAAGUUGAUCGAGCCUGCCGAGAGCGCUCAACACAUCUAUAUCUUUUGCGCGGUGCUCGUUAAACACUUCGGCGACAGCGUAAAGACCCUGGUGAUCGAAUUGUACAUAAGGGCGUUGACCACGGACAUGAACGAAUUGGAGAGUCAAAAAGCGAAGUCCGAUACGGAAAAGGUCCGCGAGACAGCGAAACGUUUGAGCACGCAAUUCCUUAAACUGGCCGACGUUGUUGGGAGCAAUAUCGGUAUCGCUCGAGAAUGCGUGCUGACGGCGUUCUCACUGCAUCCGACCAGGGCUUGUUACGAUAGGAUUAAAGAGAUCGCUGUCGCGUGCGGGAAAACGAGAGCGGAUGGGACACAGGGCGAUAACAGCGGCGUGGUGGUCGUUAACGAGAGAUUUAAGCACGCUCUGGUGGAGGGCAAUCAUUCUAGCACGGGAUCGAUGAUGAUGAUGAAAAGGAUGAUCGAUAGUAGUAGCGGGGAGAGGAAGGACGAAACGGCGAGAGCCGCGGGCGCCGAUUCACCGCCUACCGCUUUAUGCAACUCUACUUCGUUGUUUUCAGUGUCGUCGCCCGCCUGCCCGGCCGCAACUGGUGUGGUAACGGCGUCGAUGAAAAAAAGUAGCAUCGACUUUCAGAACGGGCAAGUGAGCAAGAGCUUCGAGAGGACGGAUCAAUUGUUAAAGAGCCUUCUAACCGCGAAAAGGGGGGAGGCGAUGAUCGCGGGGAGCGACAGAUGCCCGUUGCACCCGAGGAGGGACCCGUUGUCGAACGGCCCCCUCGGCGAGCUUUGCUUCAAUUGCGGCGAGUUCACCGGGAACGAUAUUUCGAGGAGCAAAACGCCCGAGGCGAAACGCCCCUCGAGCCCCGGCGCGAGGAACGUGGAGAGAACUCUCGACGCCCUGAUACUGAUCAAGGGCGACGCCGUGACAGGGUCCGCGAACUACGACGAGAAAUCGGUGCCUAAUCAGGUGUUGGACGCGGAGAAGCUCGGCCUCUCCCCCCAACUUUGCGACGAUUUGGCGGUGGUGCUGAGCAGCCCCCGUUACCACAUGCUCAGCUGGGUCCUCGAUUGGAAAGAGUUGAACAGCCUCUGCGAGAGAUACUUGGAGAACGCCGAGGAGAUGAGGAACACGAACAAAGAGUUGAAAUACCUGAACAUAGAUUACUCCCAGUUCAAGGAUUGGCCCUCGGAGGACGACACCAAGGAUAUAUUUUUCGGGAUCGAGAAAGGUUACGAGCAGUGGGUCGAUCUACCGUCGGACAACUCGGAGCAGUUCGGGAGCUUUCAACCGGCUGGUAAUUACAAGAGAUCGUCGACGAGGAGGAGCCUCGACGACACCACCACCACGGACUCGGACAGUGGCAGCGUGCUGCGGAUAAGAAGGACGGGAAGGCAGAGAAAGAUCCACAGAUUGGAAUCGUCGGAGAGCGAUUACGACAGCGCGGAGCGUAAACCGAAACACUUCAGGAACAGGGUUAGCUCGAUGUCCGAUUCCGACAGCAACACGCAGGACAGUCAAACGGACAGUUUGGGAAGCGACGGGUGCCGAUUGGAGGUAAAGAAGAAGGUAGGCGGCAACAAGUCGUCGUCGGUCGGUAAAGAAGCGGGCAAGAAGCUACGCUCGAAGGGAUCGAAGUUGACCGUCGACUCGGUAUCGCAUUUCCAUAUGCUCGUCAACGAGAACGUGCGGCACGCGAACACGAACGAGGACGCGAGCGGUUCGGACGUGAGCAGCAACGAUAUCAUUACCUUGUUCUCGGCCGACAUGGACGAGAACAAGCGCGAGACGAUAAAGGGCUCGGCGUACACGGCGGCCGCCCCUUUGAUCAUCACCGAGAGGAGGAGCGAUCCGGCGGUGCUGAAAUCGUUGAGAAUGUUCAGGCCGCAAAACUCGAAGAAACCGACGAGGAUCUCCCAGAUACUGCAAAAGAAUCUUUUGAACAAGAGCAAAGACAAUAAUAAUUUAGAGAAUAGCGCGGCGAACAACGUGACGAAAUUCGCGCCCAUGCUGAGCACGUUGAACUUGAACCCGAAGAUCGUGUUGACGAGGGCGGACGAGAUCGACAGGAAGUUGAUCCGGGCCAAGAAACAGCAACGAUUGAGCAGCGGGGAUAUAACCAGCGAACUGAUCAAUAUACAGAAAAACAUGCCGUUCUCGCCCAACAAGAACACCUUGUCCACGUAUCACCAUCAGAAGCAAAAGGGGAACGGGGCGGCGAUUAUCGGUAAAACGGAUUUGACGCCCGCCGACGGCCGGGAUCUCAACUCGAAAUCGAAUUUGGGUAAACGAAAGUUCGACAUUCUGGCCAAGGCUGUCAGGGACUCGGACAUUUUGGCGAAGAACGUGCCGGGUUUGAACACGUUGGACAUGAUGGUGCCGCCGAGAAUGCGACCCACGGUGAACGUCGUCCAACUUUCCAGAAACAUUCCGCAAAGCCCGAACUCGGGCUCGGUGAACAGCGGCAAUACACCUCCCAGGCCGAACAGAACGCCAAGCGUGGCCGGCAAUAUUCAGUUACCCGGCACUCCCUCCUCGGGGGGCCACGACAGUGGCGUAGGCAUGAGUCCCGCCGGUCAAACCCCUCCACCGAGAUCCUCCGUUCUUCCCGACGUCGGCGAAGAGACGAAUCAACCGCCCGACAACUCGCCCACCUCUUCCACGACCACCAACGUUUCCGGCCAACUCGAGUCGGACUCGAGUCCUCGAACGAUGCCGAUCCAACGGCGAAACCAGCAGAGUCAAUCGCCCAAGAAAUCCCCGUCCCCGUGUUCCGCCGCUGUCGCGACAACGACCGCCGUCACUACCACCACGAGCUCCGGGAUCUCCUCGACGAACAUCGCGUCCGAACAGUUGCAGAUUGUUUGCAAACCGGACGGUACGUACCAGUUGGCCUCCGUGAAUCCGAACGUGGUAUCCAAUCAGAGGAACGUUCUCAAUCUACAAAAUAUCGAGGACGGAGGAGGAGGAGGAGGAGGAGGAGGAUCCAAUUUUUCACGGCAAAAUCAGAGAGGCGAGAACGGCGGGAACGGCAGGAACACGUACGAGAGAUUGACGAAAGGAGGCGCGCAAAAUUCCGGGCAGAACGCAGGCUUGCCGAAAUUUCAACAGGCCUUCGGUAAAACUAUAUACACGCUUUCCACCGACUCGUCGAGCGCGAGCGGCGUGGCGACAGGUGGCGCCGCCUCGGCGGAAACUCUGGUACAAUCGGUCUCUCCCCAAAAGACGACUAACCUCUCGAAAGCUGUUCAAACGUCGGUGCCCAACGCGCAACAGGCGAGCCCGUCUACGGGGAUAAACGUGCAAUCCAUCGCGAACAUUCCAAACACGUUGCAAUUAUCGACCACGAGUAGACAGAUAUUGAAUAUCGUUCAAAGCUCUGGGAAUAACGCGAAUGUGGUGGCGACCAGCCCGAACGCGAGUCAAACGUUGACGCAGUUGGUGCAAAGUGUUCAGAACGCCUCCCCCGGUGUCAUAUACACGCACAAAAUCCCCGUCACUAUAUCGACCACGAAUCCAAGCCAGUUGAACAUCAUUCCUACGAUAUCGCACGCGAAUUCGAUACCGACCGGAAGGACACCUGUGGUCAAAUUGAACAUCAUUCGAGCUCCUUUGAGGCAACAGAAUAUCACGGGAGCUAUACAAGCCGUGCUCACCACACCGAGAUUGCAACAACAGCAGCAACAACAGCAACAGCAACAGUCCACGGUUCGAACGGACAGUUUGCUCGGUUCCCCCAUAGAGGUGCCGAAUCAAGUGAGUUCGACCACUUUGGAACAAUUAAGAGAGUUCGAGAGCGUGUUGGAACAGGUGAAGGAAAGGAGCACGAUUCAACCGCAGUCCCAUCAAACGAUAUCCACCUCGCCCACCACCACCGUACAAACGCAAACGACCACCCAACAACAGCAGCAGCAGCAACAACAACAACAACAGCAACAGCAGCAACAAACUCAAGCUGGAAAACAGCAGCAAGUGUCCGUGAGCGCGUUAGCCCAGCAACUGUUAAUGCCAACGCAGCAAACCGGAGGGGCAACGGGUAACGAGUUCACGAGCAACGGUAACGCGACGGUGAAUUUCCAACAGGACGUUUUCUCUCAAAAAGUGUCGCUCGCGUACGUGAAUCAGAACGCGGGUUCUGCGGUUUCGAAGACACCCAACUCGACACCGGUCGUGGUCGUGACGAGUUACUGUCAACCUGCCGCCUCCCCCGCGUUGAGCGUCACCUCCCAAAGCUCCUCCAGUCCCUGCGUGACACCCGCCCCGGCCCCCAUACCCCCGGCCGGCAAAACACCGCCUACCCCGCCCUCCUCGAAAACGGUGAAGAAAGCGGCGCCAAAAACGGUGAAAACUAGCGCGACCAACACAUCGAAGUCGUCCCCGAUACCGAAACCUCAACAGAAACCGCAGGAGGACGAGCAAACCGCGCAAAGGAUUUACGCGAUUUUGGACGAGUACGCGGAGCAAUUGCGCAACUCGCCCGAUCUGAACAACAAACCCGCGCCAAGGAGGAGGUCGAACCCGCCCACGAAUCCCAGCCAAUCAUCGAAGAGGAAGAAGUCGAGCGCGAGCAAGGCGAAGUCGGUGGGCGGGCAGCAGAAUUCGGAGCUGAGCCCGAGCACGGACGAUCUCGGCAGGACUAUGGGCAGCGAGGACUCGUCGAGCGGGGUGGUGCACGUGCAGGACAGCCCCGCCGGUUUCCCCGCCCCCGUCGAGGAACCGUCCCCCAACGUCGGGAGCGCCGCGACCGAGGCGGUUGGCGCCGCGGCCGAGGUUCGAAAUCUUGCCAACGACUCGAACGACGGGGUCGAGGUGAGCGUGAAGAGACGGAAUUUGAUCUUCGCCGAGCCGGGACCGGGCCAGCCGAGAGCGGUCAUCGUGCAGGAGGCGGUGCAGGCCGGUUCCGUGUCGGUGAGCGAGGCCCUCGCCUCGGUGACGGGCAAGAUGGGCAGCACGGCCGUCCUCGUCCCCGGCCCCAACUACAUCCUUCCCAUGAACCUCGUGAAAGGAGGCCAACAAUUCACGAUAGUGUCGAGCGGAUCCAAGCUGCUCGCCACCGUUCCAGCGACCGUGCGCGCGACCGGGAACGCGGCCGUUUCCAACACGUUGGUGCUCCAGUCGUUCCUCAACCAGGCGGGCAAGAUAAUCUCGCAGCCGGCGCAGGUGAAACAGGUGAAGAUACCCACGUUGCAGACGUUGUCCGGGAGCCAGGCGUCGUUGGCCGGGGCGCAGAACGUUCAGGGGACGACGUCGGUGGUGAUACCCCAGGGGACGGGGGGGAAUCAUCACGGCCAGUUCACGGGGGAAGGGGUGGUGGCGGCGGAGAAGGGCAACGUGAUAGGUGGGGACCUGGCCGCGGCGAAAACCGACGCUGUCGAAUCCGGAGGGGGGAACGCGAUCGUCGUCAACAAAGGGAACUCGGCGAUCGGGCUGAUUCAGCGUAACUUGAGCGAGGGUGGGGAGGGAGGCCAACCGAUCUGCGGCGUGAUCACCAGCAAUCCAAAUUUGACCCUUCAAGGGGCCAGAUUGUUCAACUCGUCCAUACACAAAUUGGCCAGCCCUGGACUGAAGUCUGAGAACGUGGUGUGCAUCACGCCGACGGCGACGAUCGCGCAGCACAGCCCAGAGAAGAGCAACCAACAAUCCCCUCAGGAGGGACAAAUUCACAACGACAAACACGUGUCCAUCCAAACGGGUGCGACGAUCGCCCUCGCGUUCGCCACGCAAUCGGACGUUUCUUUGUUGAACGACGCGUCUCAGCAACAGCAACACCACCACCACCAUCAUCAUCAUCAUCAGCAUCAUCAGCAACAGCAAAAGGACACGAAGGAAGCGUCGACUGAGAUCAUCCCUGGUGCCAAGAUCAUCUCCCCGAAGACGGUGAAAAGAAAAAUGGACGACGCAAUGGAUUCGAUGUCAACGAUAACGACGGUUGGAAGCAAGCAGAGCGGAGGGAUCGAUGGGACGACGCAAUUUCUGGUUACUGGCGGGCCGAGCAGCUCCGACAGUCAAGAGUCUUCCUCCGUACAACAGUCGAGCGAGGGUAUCGAGGUUUCGUGCAAAGUUGGAAACGGUUUGUUAUACGGGAACGCGAGGUUGCAAGAGGCCUGGGAGCCAGAGGGCAAGGUGUCGCCCGACACUCCUUGGCGAUACGUGCCCACGUCCACGAAUUCUUUGAGCAUAGACCCGUUGAACUCGAGGUACUCGGACAACUCGGAGAACGUGCAGAGCGUUCUACAGAUCAUAAACAAGGGGCAGGGGAUCGAGAUGUCCGGCGGGCAGAUAUAUCAGACGAACGCGAAAAAAUACUUUAUGAAUCACACUCUGGAACCGUUUCAACAGUACGCGAAUAAGAGCAACGUGAUGAAAACGCCUUUGAAUCCCAGGUUGGAUAGGGAGUUGUUGCAACAGAAGAUGGAGAGGAAGGCGGCCGCUAUGGAACGGGAGAUGAAGCUGCAGAAGAGUUUGUCGGAGGAGUGCGAGGAUUUGGGCGUGGACGAGCCUAGCACGAGCGACCUGUUCCCGGAGGCGGAUCUGCUAUUCGACACGAAUCACUCGCCUUCCUUCGACCACUCGUCCCAAGACGCGUCCUGCAGCCAACCGCUGGGCAUGAAAUCGUACGGCGCCUCCUACUUUCGCUCCUUGGAUUCGUCGAGCGGGAGCAGGGACGCCAGCCCUGUGGCCGACUUCAAAGUGAACGAGCGGAGGAAGAGUGGGGGGCAGAGGGGCAGGUCGGCGAAGGAUUCCGCGAAGCGGUCGAGGCGGGAGAAGAGGGGCGGAGGGGGAGUGGAGGAAUUACAGUUGGAAAAUCCCGCGAAACACAUGCGAUUAACGUUGGAGAGUUUGAGCCAGGACGAAGCGUCGAACAGUAAUUCCGAUAUGUCGAGAUUAUCACCGACCAAUUUGGCCUCGUUGGAGAACGACUCGUUGAAGGAUAGAGGGAAGAUCGCGUCGAGGAACGGCUCGAAGGAGGGCUCGCCCAGCAGCGUGUCGAGUAUACCCUCGAACAUGAAGUUGGACAUCGAUCUGGAUUCGGAAUCGUUACCGCCUAGCAUCAAUGUAAACAACGCGUCGGCAGCUAGCUCCGGGGACGAAAGCUUGACCUUGCUCAGCAGUAACACGGCGGACGUGACUAUACCCUCCCCACUCUCGCCCAUCGCUGGCCCCAUGUUGUCGACGCACAAGUACACGUACACCAACAAGAAACGGAUCGCGUCUAAGGUUACGAGAAUGGAUUACCUGUCUUGGGAGAGCCCGAUGUCCGAGAGGACGAGGUCGAGCAGCGACGAGGAGGAUAAUUCGAGCAUAAGCGAAUCGAUCGGCAGCCAACCGGAGGAGAACGCCCUGAGCAACGGGCUCGAGGACAGCGUGCAAAGUCUCAAGUCCCUGUCGAACGAGCGGCGUUGCAAUUAUUUGAAAAAGAAAGAUAAGUUACAGGUGAACGCGAGGGUGGUAUUGAAUCGGGCGGAUCACAAGGGUGGUCUGUCGAAACGAAUUAAGGUGUCGAGCGAGUCGAUCCAAGAUUCGGUUAUGGUUUCCAGUGAUAAGGCGUCCGAGCCGUCCGACGACGAAACGGGGAAUAUCGCUUUGGUCGAGCCGGACUGUCGGGCUAGACGAUCGAGUUUGCGUGGCCACGUUAAGAAAGGAUGCGCCUGUUGCAACGGUUCCCCGGAGAGACCUAAAAAGAAGUCGGUCAAAUCCGAUCAUCCGAGGUUAAAGAAACGAUUGUCGUCGAAACAGGCCGGCAAGAAAAGGUAGUCCUAGCGUUCGAACGCUCGACGGAGCAUCGCGUGUUCGAUCUUCAUAAUGCUGUAUGCUUUUAUCCCUCGUGGACGCGGUUCGUCCAGCGACGAAGGAGCUUCCAAAACGUAUCCGGGCGUAUCCUUGUUACUAUGCCGUACGAAAAACUUAGAAUUCAUAGCCGGAAAGCUGAAUCGCAAAUAGAUUUCGCAAAUUCGAAUCGAAGAACGAUGAGAAACACGCGAAUCGUUGAAUUUGUGCGUGUGUAUAUAUAUAUAUAUAUAUAAUAUAUAUAAAUAUAUAUAAAAUAUAUAUAUAUUAUAUAUAUUAGUCGAUAUAUGUAUGAGGUUGUUGAAACAAACUUUUACGAUAUAAGUCGGAAAUGCCUAUCCUCGUAUAUUAGGCAAGAUAUAAGUUAAUUCGCAAGUUCUUCGUUCAGUAUGAACUUGAUUUAUCAGAGACGGAGAAAGAGGAAAGAGAGGGGGGAAGAGAAAGAGAGGGAGAACGAAGGAACGAUUGUUCUAUUAACGAUUCUCGACAACAGUAGGUCAUCCUCUUACCACUAGAUGUUAUUGUAAUACUAGAUGUAAGAUGAAAAUUAUAAUGAAUGGCAGAUUUAGAUUAAAUCGUUAAGGAUAUUAGAGACGCAAUCUAGUCAAAAGAUAAGGUUUACGGCGAGGAAUAGGCGUGUUUUCGAAAAACAGUAAGAGAGAGAGAGAGAGAGAGAGAGAGAGAGAGAGAGAGAGAGAGUAAGCGAGAUAGCAUCAGCGCGAGAAAGGAGAAAAAAAAGUGUAAAUGAUGAGAGAAGGAAUUUAGUAAGAAAAGGAAGAAAAAAAUAAGAAUAGAACGUAUCCGACUGUCGAUAGAUCCCUCGCAGACUAAAGAAUUUAUAAUUAAAAGCCUGAAUUCAUAAUUUCUGUCUACUGUAUCUAUUAUGAUGAUACUACGUUCUACGUUCUUUUACAUGGUAUGGUCAGACUGAAUAGACGAAUUAAUAUCUAUAGAUCUCGUUUGGUGAAUUAACGUAGCGAGAUGUGCAUUGAAUUCUUUGCCUUUUGCAUAAAGUUCUCGAUAACUUAGUAUCUUAAUCUCUAAAUCAAGAUAAUCCUUGUAAAUUAAUAAUGUCGUAAUAUACCUUAUGAUACCAACAAGAGAGAGUGGCGAGAGAGACGAUUGAACGGAUUAAUGGCAAAAAAAAGAAUAAAAUAAACAAAUAAAUAAAGGUGAAGAUAUUUGAAAAGAAAGAAGAAAGAAAAUAUCGAGAAAAGGACGUAUAAAAUGAAACAAAAAAAAAAUAUAUAUGUAAUUAAGAGCAACAUUGUGUGACGGGCCGACCAUACCUUGUUGUCACGGUGCAUGUAAAAAAAAAAGAAAAAAAAAAAAAAAAAAGGUAUCCAAAAAGAAAAAAACUGUACAUUACGUAGAUAAUUCAUUAAAAGUAUAGUAUUA